AUGCUGCUACUCUUGUGGUUUCUCCUGGCCUUGGGCCCUGCCAUUGGCAUUGGUAUUGCGAAGCAUGACACCAGCUGCUAUACCUUUGCCAUCACCGAUUCCACCACCGUGACCCUUCUUCCAGCGACUGUCACUUUGACUCUUCCUCCAAGCACUAUCAUCGAGACGUCCACUGUGGCCACUAUAACGCACAGCGGCAAAGAGCUUGCAGCCAAACUGGAGUCCGUGACCGCCUCUCCACCCUCCCCAUCACCAGUUGGGGCAGAAUUGAUUCGCACCGUUACGGCCUGGCGUGUUGAAACCGUUGUUCGGUGCGGGGACUCAACCUCCACGCUCUUCGAGACCGUCUUUUGGUCGAGAGCUUCCGAGACAGGGAUGACCAGUAGCAUCAACUCUUACACUUUGACCUCGACUUCAUCAGACCAGAGCACCUCGACGUAUGCGACAUCGAGUUCCGGUCCUGAGGUCUCCCUUACUUCAUUCACUGAGUCAAGCAUCAUCUCGGGCAUUCAGUCCUCCACUACAGAAUCCCCCCCACCAUACAACACCACUCCUCCAUACAGCCCCAGCACGUACGAUGAGUCGAGCACCAGUAGCUCGACUCUUACUUCAGGAGCAACGACAACUGCUUUCUCGUCGGCUGAGUCUCCUACCUCGGGGGCAACGACAACUGCUUUCUCGUCGGCUGAGUCAACCCCUCCCAUCAGCAGUUACACAACUUCGGGCGUUAGUUUCCCAAGCUAUACUCCUUCUCUGGGCUCCACAUCUCCGCCAGCGACCUCCAUGAGUACUUAUGAUACACCCGGUACCUCAAGCAAUACGAUGGCCAGCCUGAGUAGCCACACUACAGCCAGUCUGAGUAGCUACACUACAGCCAGUCUGAGUAGCUACACUACAGCCAGCCUGAGUAGCUACACUACAGCCAGCCUGAGUAGCUACACUACUGCCAGCCUCCCGGGUAGCUACACCACCCCUGGUCUCUCAAGCUAUGUUACGACCAUCCUCCCGAGUAGCUACACAGCACCAACCCAGAGCAGCUCUACUACUUCAACCUCAGACAUUGAUUCCCCUUCCAUCACUAGCUACUCGCCAAGCUUCGAGUACUUGGUCAUCCACGGAAGCGACUUUGUCUACUUCGGCUUCUCUGUCUGCUUCGAGCAGUACCUCGCCACAAGCACCACAACUUCUGGCUCCUCGGUCACUGUGUCUUCCUCGCCGUCAGUCAGCCUUACCCAGUCCAGCUCAUCAGAUACUGUCUCUACUCCGAGUCUGUCAACUCUGCCGUCAUCUACAAGUGUUGGCUCGACUACAGUUUCAAGCACGAGUAGUCCUUCAACUUCUCUGGUCCCAAGCUUCAGCAUGACAGAAACGUCCCCACCCCCGGGUAUGACUACGACCACAGAUAACGCAACGGAUCUUCCGCUGCCUCCAACGGUCGAUCCCACUCCUAGCCGGCCGGCUGAUGAAUCGAGUUCCGAGUCUGAUCCAUCACUUACUUCCACUUUCUCGGCCUCACUGAGCACGACCUCAACUUUCAGCUCCGUUCCAUUCACGCCAACUCCAACGGCCAAUAUCACAGCGCUCGUGGUAGUUCCACAUUAUAAAUUUAAGGUUGGCGAGGGGGAAGCAGAGUACUUUUUACCCUUGUGCUCUGACCCGGAACAGGUCCUUUGGUUCACAACUGGAGAUGAGGAUCACCGGGAGCUGCACACCUUUACCCUCACUUGCCUUGGAAUUACCUGCGAAUCUGGUGAUUUCUUCCCUUUCCCUACAGAGAUACAGUCUGGAGACUGUCAAAGCACGACCAUGUGCGGUGGUCUGUCGUUUUGCUUCAGGAGACGCUUUGAGUGGGAGAUCGACCCAGGAAGCGACACUGUUACAUGUGACAACGUGAAGUCGUCGAGGCUGCGGUCACGGGGACCAUGCUCGGAUAAUGAGGCCUGCUCAAACAUCACGAAGAUUGCAGACAAACUUGCUGGGCUUCGUAAUGCUGCUGAUGCUGCAGGCUCAACUGCAGAACAGGGGCUGGCCAUGGUGGGCUGUGCCGCCCAGCAGGCUUUCCAGCAGACAGCUGCUUAUUAUUUUGGAAUGGCACAGGAGGAAUGGAGCGUGAUCGAGGGAAAGAUCGAGAUGAUCAAGACCAUUUUGACAACCCUGUUUGGCCUAAACAAGAAGGUCACGUCGCCAGUCCAUGUGUGGAUCGACGAAAACGACGAAGCAUUUCAGGAGCUUAUGUGCUACGUCGAUGAUGAUGGCAGCCGCGUCUGGCGUGCCAUGGAGAAGCACUCAAGCCUUCACGCAGGCCUCAACGCCCUCAACUCCAUGAACGACAUCAUCAACCAGAACCUGAUAAUCCUCGUCGUCAAGCUUGUUUUCACUAAUCUGAUGAAGGAUCUCCACGAUCAGUAUGCCGCCUAUAUCACAAGCUCAGGGCACAUCAUUCAAGGUUGGACACAAGCAUGGCGCCUUUGCACCACCAAGUGGGAUACUAGGAGCCUUGAGAACCCAGAAGAGAAACCUGAUGAGGAUGAUGAAGACGACUGGCUCCCACGUUACGAAAUACUCACAAAGCCUGACGCCAGUGUGGCAUCUAUCCGCGCUAUGGAGCGCAUCUUGGAAAACCCAGGCUGGGAGGCGAUUUAUGACGGCCAUGCCACGAAGGCUUAUGUUGUGGACCUCAACAUCAUGCAAGCCUUGCUGCCCGGAACUAUGCCUUUUGUGGAUAAGACACUGCGAUUUGUCUGGCGCGGCCCGGGAUCUGGUUCUAAAUCCACAGCGUCUAGUUUCCAGACGGAAUUCGACCUGAGAUCACGAGAUAUUGGACAAUUUACUUCAGGAAAUUCUUCCAGAAACAAGAGUGGUCCAGCAAAGUCAGAGAACUUGGCCCAGGACUUUGCACCAGACAACUGGCCAGAGCCUACCGGCUCGCUGCGGAUCACCAAGCCAUUAAAGAACCAAUUCAAGAAAGUUGAAACAUACAUAGUUCCCAACGAAUUCAGCGUUCCCAAACUGAGUCCAGCACACAUCGAAGAGGGAUGGGAACCUGCACCUGACAUCAUUGAUGAUGACAACCCAGAUUUAAGAGGUCGGGGUCACGGGACAUCAGUUGCUUGUAUGGCUGGUGGUCUUGAAGACGUCGGGGUGGCCUCCCGUGCCAAUUUGUACCUGAUCAAAUACAUGGGUUAUUUGAGGAACACCAAGACUGGGAGGGUUGAAGGAGUCGACACGACUAAUGCUGGGAUAACUAAAGCCAUCGACAAAAUCACAGAGGUUGUGUUCUCAAACGACAUUCCCUGGGGUCGAGCUGUGAUCUCUAUCAGCGCUGAAUGGAAACUGGAAGAGUUCGAGUAUUUCUUUGGGGUCUUCGAGACUUUUUUCGAAAACAUGGAAACAGCGGACGCGGUGGUGAUCAUCGCAGCUGGGAAUCGGGGGUACAACCUGGACACAGGCAAGCCUGAUUAUUACCUAUCAGAGCGCACACCAGUGAACCUGGUCACAGACGAUAGCCCUUACAUGAAUGUCGGGGCUACCUAUCACGACGGUUCAAUGGCGGAGUUCACCACCCCACCGGGCACUCGUGGACCCGGGUCCAAUCCGGACGAUCCAUCAAUCUCCAUUUGGGCCCAAGGAGUGGAUGUCUACACCUGCGCUCGAAUGAGUAGUGAUGCUCCAACGGAUGCUCCAAUGGAGUAUCGGACUGGCACGAGCCACGCAGCACCACAAGUAGCUGGCCUUGCUGCUUAUAUGCUCUCUUAUCCAUGGCCCGAGGGACAGAAUCCUUUUGCUGUGGGCGGUGAUGUGUCUGUCGGCAGACGCAUGAAGACCAUGCUCGCCGACACCUAUGCCUACCAACGCCUACCCCGAGACAAGCUGAUAGCCCAGGCCCUGACAGAGAUCAAAGAGCGGGAUGGAAAGGAUGAGUUUCCAUAUGAGGUGCCUGCCAGAGUCAACGUUGCAUACAACAUGGCAUACGGCCACCAGAAGUGUAAGAAUGUUGAGGGCUUCCCGAACCUCAAGCGCGAUGCGGAUUCGUGUCCUAUUCCUGGCAGCGGUGGCGCAGACGGCGAGACGACCGGGAGCAUCUUCUACACCGGCAACCCGACCUACAUGCCUAGUGAUUGGACCGGCUUCUCAACUGCGACGGGCAGUAUCAUCUCCACCUCUGAUCAUGCCACGCAGACUUCCUGGGACUCUUCGACGUUCGUGACCUCUACCAUGCCAGGCUCAGGCACUACCCUCUCCAGCUCCAGCAUCUCCAGCUCGAGCCCAUCCAGCUCUACAACAACAUCAAAGUCCUUGUCUACUGUGUCUUGGACACUCACAUUGGACCCUUCCACAUCGUCAGAACCGUCUACUUCUAGUACCUCUCAGUCAACAGCCAGCUCAUCCUCGACCAGCUCAUCCUCAGCUUCAACACCGACUACGGCACCACCAGACACUUCCGCAAACUGUAGGCAAUACCCUGAUCCUAUGUACCACUUGUUCAACAUCACCGACAUACGUGGUGACUGGGCUAUGGGAGAUCAAGGCAAAGCCAUAAGGGAUCACGCGUCUGACUGUCUCGAGUUGCACGACUGGGUGUGGCAGUACCCAAACUCUGCAGGGUUGGCUGACUUGGACCUCUGGGUAUUGCCGGGGGAGAACCAAGACUUGAAGGAUUCGGAGUGCAUAUCACUGGCCAUCAAGGAGGCUGGGGGCCCGGACGAUUUGUUUUGUUCUGUGGGAUCGUGA